CUCAUCUCAUCACAUCACACGUCCCGCGUCCGUCCCUUUUGAUGUGGGUCCCGGGGCGCCCGUCUGUGUGGGUGUCGCGGGGUGCGGGGCGAGGGGCUGGAGUCGCAUCCCGAGGCGACGACACGAACCAUUAUCCCUCCGCGUUGGCCAACAAGGUGGCGGAGGGCGGGGGAGCGAGUGGAAAGCGAGAGGAAAAGCUCUUAAGUGUGGCGCGGGUGCGCGCGGCCAGCCCAGUCCGCGCCCAGGACCCGCCCGGAGGACAAUGCCGCGACAGGUGCUCCUGCUGCUGGCGUGCACAGCCGCGGCGUGCCAGUGCGCGCCCAGGGAGGAGGACGAGUCCGCCCAGAGGAUGCACGCCGCUGAGCCGCAGGCGCAGGCCUCGGGCAGCGAGCGGCUGAACCUCGUCUCCGCGAGUGGCUGGCGGCCCAUUCACGACGUCCUGGCGGCCGGCUCGUCGGCGGCCAGCGGGGAGCACCGCCUACCCAGGACGCCGUCGUACGCCGCCCCGCUGUCUGCCGCCGAGCUCGCGCGGCCCAAGGACCUCCAGAGGACGUCCAAGAGGGACCUGUCCGUCGAGCGCAAGGAGCAGGACCGGCAGCGGGUCGACGUGGUGCUGCCUGUGGGCGUGGGGGCGCCGGGGGCGCGCGCCACCAGGGACCCGCUGCCGCCCAGGACGGCGCCGUGGGACAGGCCGCGCGUCGCGCCCAUCAGCGAGCCGGACAACGACGUGGAGUCCGUGUACGGCUACCGAUACCCGCCCCCGAUUCUCGGCGGCCCCGGCCUGCAGGCCGUCGCGGCGGGACCCUCGCCGACGGCGCCCUUCUGGGAGGCGGCGUGGCUGCGACGCCGCGAGCGUCUCCUGCAGGAGCUGGGCCUGCCGUCGCUGCUGCCGCCGCCGCCCUGCCGCUGCGCCCCGGUCGACCCCUGCCUCGGCUACCUCCCCGACGGGAACCCGGGCCGCUACCGCCUGGAGACGGACCCGUACCGCCUGGGCGUCGGCCCCUACGGGCUGUACGGCGCCUGGGGCCGGCCGCUGCACAGCCACAACUCUGCGCCGCUGGGGGCGGCCCAGCUCCACGACAACCCCAACUAGUGCGAUGUGCUGCCCAGCGGCCCCUCUGUGUGUCUGUUUUAGGGGCGUGUUCUAUCGGACGCGAUCGUUCCCCCUCGCCCCGCCACCACCCCUGCGCUCCGACUCCCUCUGGUCUUUUUUCCCUGGAGGGAAAACGGCGUCCCUUUCAAAGAAAAGCGCGUUACGCGUCCUGUCCGCCCUCGCACCGCCCCCGCGCCGCUCCGCACUGCCCCGCCCCCCGCUCCACCAAAUUCCGCCGGCGCUAUAACGUGAAUUACUGCGUCGCGGUCCCCGACUUGGUCUCUCCCUGGAGACCAACCACCCCGCCCAGCUGGACAAAGACCUUCUUGUGCUUCCCCGAGAGUUGUGAGCGCCGCCCCUCCCCGCCAGGCGCAGUGUCUGACAAGGAUUCCGCCCGCCCCGAGGAUGGCGACACGGCGUGCCGUGCCGGCCUCCCGUCCUUGUCUUGCUGGAGGAGCUACGCCCAUCGCGACGGGCCGGAGAGGAGGAGAGACUGCACUCUAUUCUGCCCGAGCCCGGCGGCCGGCCCGGGCCCGGCAACGGCACAGCCUCCGAGGCCCGCGAGCGGCGUUCGGUUUGAUUCUGAGAUAUUACAUCUGAGUCUGCCGGACAUAAAGAAGGCCCUGCUGAGCACCGCCGCACCGGCGUGGCUCUGGGAGGCCUGAGGCCGUGCCGGGGGGCAAGCUGAUCCGCCGGCUGACGGGGGAGUUUUAGCCGUAUAGACCCCCCUUCCCCCUACCUCACCCCCCUCCGUUUUAGAGAAGAGUUUAAUGGAGGGGGGGGGGGAGGGGGAUAGUUGGGAGCCCAGGAGGGGGCUCGGGCCGAACGGAGGGGGCUUAACUGGCGAACCCCUUUAAUUCGCUGUGCCGUUCACCCUCCCGGGUGCUAUUUUCGGCUACGGUAGUCAUCACUGACAAGCAUAGAGCACGGAAAAAAACAACUUUAUUCUAUAGAAAUUUGUCUAAUUUUGUGAUAUUCUAAAAAAUAUGUUUCUACUUGUAUUAUACUUAUAUCUAAUCAUUCCAUAGGAUGCUUUUAUUCAAUUCGUUGUGCCCCUAUAAUGCGCUCUACACACACGUCCGAGAGGAAAGGGCCGCUUUUCCUGUCGUUUCCAGAAUAGACUCGCUCUGAAGACUCCUCCCCUCCCCCUUCUCUCUCUCCAGCUGUCACGCUCGUGUAUUUGUCACAAUGUGCGGCGCGGCAAGGUGGCCGCGCCACGCCACGCCACGCUGCGGGGACGCCGCGCUCACAGAUUUAGAGACAGUUCGUCAGCCAGCGAGCGCUUGACCCCGCGCUGAGCAGAGCAGCCGCUUCCUGUUUCGGGAGCCGCUACGUACUGGAUUACAUUGGGGCCUACAUGGGGACUACACAGGCUACAGUACAUAGGGACUAGCAGCUCUGGGCGUGCAGGGGGGAGGGGAUCUGGGACACGGCUGCCACCCGCCAUGCUGCGCUCCCAUGCCUUUCCUCCUAGUCCAACGGGACGGGCCUAAGCUGCUUACACCACGAUGCGUGAAACACAAGCCAAUUAAUCUUUGAUUGAGGGAAGUAUUGAAAAGGCAUUAAUGUACCGUUGUCGUCCUGGGCGGCUUGGAGGAGGAUUGUUGGACACUCGCUGGACAACACGGCGGACGUGUGGGCGUAUCAGGCUUCUGGAGAACAUGCUGGAGGCUGUCUGCUUUGUUCGUACUGGACUCGGUAAUUGUGAUGACUGCAUAAACCCGUGUAACUCUUCACAGCGCAUACAAGUGUAACGGAUUUGUUGGAUAAUAAACCAUGUUGAGAAGUCGUGUGGUUAUGUGAGUGGUGUACAUUCCGACCCGGCGGCCCCGCCCCAGCGCCAUGUGUCACCACGCCCGCCCCACAGGGCCCCGUGC